CCCCCAACAUAAAAAAUGGCAGAAACCCUGAUCCGAUUUGGAAUUCUGGGCUGCGCUAACAUUGCUCGCAAGGUAUCAAGGGCAAUGCUCCUCUCCCCAAACACCACCAUCUCCGCCAUCGGCAGCCGUUCUCUAGAUAAGGCAACUGCUUUUGCAUCGGAAAACCACUUCCCGGAAUCCACCAAGGUUUAUGGCUCCUACGACGCCGUAUUGGAUGAUCCUGAUGUCGAUGCCGUUUAUAUCCCGUUACCGACAAGCCUCCAUCUCCGGUGGGCUGUUUUGGCGGCCGAGAAAAAGAAGCAUGUUUUGCUGGAGAAGCCGCUGGCGCUCAACGUCGGCGAAUUGGAUACGAUUUUGAAAGCAUGUGAAUCAAGUGGAGUACAGUUCAUGGAUGGUACCAUGUGGAUGCAUCAUCCGCGGACUGCAAAGAUGAAAGAGGUCCUUUCCGAUGAACAGCGAUUCGGGCAGCUUAAAUCCGUCCACAGCACGUUUACGUAUGUAGGAGAAGGUGACUUCCAAAAGAACGAUGUCCGUGUAAACCCGAAUCUCGAUUCCCUUGGAGCUCUUGGGGAUGCGGGUUGGUAUAGUAUACGAGCCAUUCUAUGGGCUCAUGAUUAUGAACUUCCGAAAACUGUGACUGCACUUCGCGAUCCCGAAUACAACGAAUCGGGGGUAAUCUUGUCAUGUGGUGCUUCUUUAAAAUGGGAAGAUAACGGGAAAGUAGCAACCUUUUAUUGUUCCUUCCUCUCAAAUUUGUGCAUGGACAUAAUUGCCCUUGGAACGAAAGGAAACCUACGUGUUCAUGACUUUGUUAUCCCCUUUAAGGAAAAAGUUGGGCAUUUUUAUGCCGUCGCAAAUUCGAAGUGGGCAGAAUUAUCACUUGGGUGUGAGCCCGAGCCGAGUGAGUUCCAGAUGCCGACCGUUCUUCCUCAGGAAGCGUUGAUGGUGCAAGAAUUUGCUCGAUUGGUUGACGGAAUUCGCAUUGGCAAGAAGAAACCGGAGAAGAAGUGGCCGAUCAUUAGUCGGAAGACCCAAGUGGUUAUCGAUGCGGUUAUCGCUUCGAUUAAGAAUGGUUUCGAGCCUAUUGAAAUCGUUUACUAGAAGUUGUAUUAAUCUUAUGUUACAACAUAACUUUAAUCUAUGUCACCUUACAUAAAGGUUACAUUUGUUUUUAAAAGUUGCUGAAGUCUGAAAUCUUAUUUCACUUCUUAUUUAUAUGAGGUGGGAUGCUGAAGUAUGAAUUCUGAAUCAAUAAGAC